AUGGCGCCGGCUGGCAGGAAGCGCCUGGGCAGAGCUGCGAAGGCCCCGGUGGUGGCUCAGGGUACGGCAGCCUAUGACUUUGGGAGACAAGAGAGAAGAGAGCUGAGGGGGCCAGAGGCUGAAGGAAACAGUCCACUAACUGAAUACUACGGGGGAAGAAGUCCUCCAGCAGGAACAUUUCUGGCAGAUGUGGGGAAUGAAUUGCAGAACAUGUUGGAAAGAUUUGAAGAUUUCCUUAGUUCCCCUUUCUACUGUGGAUGUGCAGAGACUGGGGCUGCCAGUGGUGAGGGCAAGACUCUUAGUAAAGAGUCCGAGUCAAUUUUUGAGUCCUCUAUAUGGAUCAGUCAUACAAGCAGCUGCAAAAGAGGAUUUUCAGCAUUAAGUGUCAAUAAGUGUAUGUUUAAUAUAGGUGACAUUAGAAAGCUUCUUUAUGAAAAGAGGAAAAGAUGCAUGAUGGAUACCAGAGCUUCUGUCAAAAACAUUAACCAGAAAAUUGAGCGUGUUUGGAAAACCCAGGAAGAGCAAAGGCAGAAGCUUUAUCACGAAUACUGUCAGCAGUUUCUAACUUUGCUUCAAGAGUGGGAUAUAGAUGUGCAGAAAGCCAAGGAAGAAGAGGAAAAACUAGCUAAUAUAUUUCGACAGCAACAAAAGGUUUUGCAACACUCUAGAACGGUUCAGAGCCAGAGAAUGCAAGCAAUUAAAGGGUUGUAUGAGCAAUUCUUGAAGAGUGUGGAAGACUUAGAGAAGAAUCAGGAAAAUUUUCUUACUGGUGAACAGAGUGAACUUAGGAAAGAAAUGGCCAUGUUGCAGAAACACCUUAUGAUGGAACAUCAGCAACAAGAGGUGGCAAUUUUUCAAAAGUCUCUUCAUUCUCCGUUAUUUUGA